UGCACUCUUCACCUCAGCAACAGUUAGAGUCUAAAAAAAAAACUAACACUCUCACUAACAGUAAUGUUCUCGUUCAGGCUUCCGCUUCCGCUCGUGAAAACGCCCGCUCCCUCUUUUCAUUCCCGCAAUUACCAUUAUUGCCCUCGCCCUGCCGUGCCGAAGCGCGGCUCGGCGGCUGCUCCGCCGGCAGUGGCGGUUCGCGGCGACGGGACCUCCGUGGCCGGAGAGGCGCCGGAGCCGCUUCCUGCGGAGCUGGCGGCGGAGCUGAUGCCGAAGCACGUGGCGGUGAUUAUGGACGGGAACGGGCGGUGGGCGAAGGUGCGGGGGCUGGCGGCGUCGGCGGGGCACGAGGCGGGGGUGGAGUCGCUGAGGAGGAUGGUGAGGCUGUGCGGCAGCUGGGGGAUUAAGGUGCUGACGGUUUUCGCGUUCUCCACUGAUAACUGGGUUCGACCUAAGGUGGAGGUUGAUUUCUUGAUGAGACUGUUUGAGAGAACUAUAAACUCUGAGAUUGAAGCUUUUAAGAGGGAAGGAAUUCGAAUAUCAGUAAUUGGAGAUUCAUCAAAGCUCCCGGAGUCUCUAAAGACAAUGAUAGCUAGUGCAGAGGAGGAUACAAAACAGAAUUCGAGACUCCAACUUAUUGUGGCAGUGAGUUACAGUGGAAAAUACGAUGUUGUUCAAGCAUGUAAAAGUGUAGCCAGGAAAGUAAAAGAUGGUCUUCUUCAUUUGGACGACAUCAAUGAAAACAUAAUUGAACAAGAAUUGGAAACUAAUUGCACCGAGUUUCCUUACCCUGAUCUACUAAUACGAACUAGUGGCGAACUCAGAGUGAGCAACUUUUUAUUGUGGCAAUUGGCUUACACAGAACUUUAUUUUAAUCGAGAACUCUGGCCAGAUUUUGGCAAAGAUGAGUUUGCAGACGCAUUAAUUUCAUUUCAGCAAAGACAAAGACGCUAUGGUGGACGACACUCAUAGGGAUUUCUCUGUAAUAUUAAUAUAGUGGUAGUACCUUCAUAACAUAUACAUUAAUUAAAUGAUAGGCAAACAUAAGUAUUGGUAGUUGGCUUGGUCCCAAUGCCAUGUUUAGGCAAAAGAAAGUAGCAUGCAAAAAUAGUUUUCUGUUUUUUUUGGUCAACACAAGAUUUCAAGAAAAGAUAAAUGCUAUUGUAGAAUUUUGCUAUUACUAAAA